CUCAAAACAUACCUUAAGUACGAGCAGGUGCUUACGACCUUCCGCAAUGACUUGAUCCUUCAGCGAGAGCAGCUGUACGCCACGUUGAGGUUCAUCGGCGUCACCGUCUUUCCGCCGACUCUCCGGGAGAUCGAAGCCAGACUCUGCCAUUACUCUCCAGCCCAGUACACAGCAUUCACCACAAUCAUCCAAGAAAUGUCGAGGGUCAUAGAAAGGCUGAUGGGCAAGAUGAAAAUCAGCCCCGAUGGGAAGGUGACACACUCGGGCUUGUAUUCCUCUCCACUGCCCUCAUGCUGACCUGGGCUUACCGUCAGCCAACCUGGACGAGCGACCCUCCGGAGCGAGCGAAAUGGGAAUGGCGCCGUGUCAAACGAAGUCUCAGCUCCAAAGAACGAAGGGAGGCUAUUGAGGAUCUGCAACGACGAAACACCGCCCUCCGGAACUGCUUUGAGCAGCAAGAACUCUCGACUAUCACAGCGCCUACUCACGCAAUUGAAACCCUACAGAAACGCUUCGAUCUGGAGCGUUGCAACACGACCCGAAGUCACGUUACAGCAAUCCAUCGCGCCCUGCGGCGCGGCUGGAAUUGUAAUUGUGCACUGCCUCACCAGGCCGCGCUUGAUCUUCAAUGGCAUAAUACCCGUGGCGCCAGCCAGGCCAAGCAGCGCUUCGACCUUACCUUGCUAUAUCCACCAAAAUCACCCUGUGGCGGCAGUAACACUUGUGCGGAGCUCUGGUAUAAGACAAAUAUGUGGGUAGUUGAGGAGCAAGCUGUUGACCCUUCGGCGCAAGAGAAUGCGCAAGAGAAUGGAGAUGUCACAGUGAAAGUUGAGGCACAGGACGCGGGCAAAAGCAGAGUGUCAAGAAAAAGCCUCCGGUUCAAUCUGCCUCUUCGAAAGCCUGCUCCACUGGCUCCGUGCGACUUCAAUAAUCUGCCAGCGUCCGAUACACCCUCGCCCAAGCGUCCUAUUAACAGCCUCUGUGGAGCAUUCUUGGAAGCCCACGAGACUACGGUCCUAGGAUUUCUUUUGGACACCGACGCGUCCGGGAAAAGCAGCCAGGUCCAUUUGUCGUCGGCCCAAAGAACCUUGUCUUCACCCUUGCAACUCAUUUCGCUCCGCAGUCUCUUGACAACCCAGUCAAUGCGUCAGCUGAAGCUCUCGAGGAAGCAGCGACUUGGCCUUGCCGCCGCCAUGGCGUGGGCCGUUCUCUACCUGGGCGAAUCGCCAUGGUUAGCUGAGACUUGGCAGAAAGAUCACGUUCAGUUCAUGCUGGAUAAUAGUAGCUCCCAGUUGGAAUUGCUGAGCGAUACACCAUGCAUAUCGUGUCAUUUUCACAAUUCCGGACUAUCGUGUGCAACGGGAGGUGAACUUGGUGGUGACAAUGCUCCAAACGACGAUCCACUGCAAGAGCCGCUGCAAUACAAACUUGUCCGCAACCGGACCUUAUUUGCACUGGGAAUCUUUCUGGUCGAGGUUGGAUUCAACAGAUCAUUUGAAGAGCUGCGCGAACAAGUCUUGCUAGACGACGGCAAACAAUGGUCGAUCUUGGAGGAUUAUCAGCUUGCCAUUGAGCUCGCUGACGAGCUACAUCUCGACGCUGGCCCGGAGUAUGGUGACGCGAUUAAACGUUGUCUGCGAUGUGAAUUUCCGGGAAGAGACAUAACGAAGCACUUUUAUUAUGCGCAGUUCCGACAGGAGUUCUUCAAUGGCGUUGUAGCGCCUGUGCAAGCUACAUUCGAUUGCUAUUCUUGUUAAAAAUGUGCGUCUUCUGAGGGGACGCUCUGCGGCUUUGAUAAACCACCUACGAAACAUAUGCGCCCUCAUAUCAAACAGGCUUUGACGAGUCUAAUAGCCCGGGGGAAGGAUCAAUCGAAAAAAGUCUGGCUAGAGUGCGAAAACUAUCUAAUCUCUGCAGCUUUUCUUUUCUCAAACGAUCACCUUGGGAGCAACCAAUGGAGAGAUCUGAAUCGAUUAUCGAG